UUAUCAUUUCUGCUCUGGUGCUUUUAAGUCAUUGCCUCCAAAUGAGUCAGUGUCUAGAAAAAUUUGGGAAGUGGCCUCACCAGAAACAGGAAACCCAACACUUUACAGUUUAUUAGCCAACAACACAGAAACACUGAGCGAAUACGCAGCAACAACUUCAACCGUGAACAGCUCCACAUACACCACUCGAUAAAUUACAGCAUGGCGGCUCGACCGUUCUGGCAUCUUUCUUCGAGGUUGACUUGGAUAUUUGUCUUUUCAUUCCCGUCUACGGGCUCAGGAAUGGACGCACCAAAGCUAUUCCUGGAGAGCUCUGUGUUUGUGGCCUUCGCAGACAAAGGGCUCGACAUUCAAUGUGGGUUGGAGAUCCCAGCAAACUAUUCUCAGGACGUCUUGAGGUGCUACGAUCCGUCCCACAGAGAGAUCUAUAAAUGCGACACCCCUUCGACUGGCAACGAGGUUAAGCCUUUGUGGCCCGUGCUGGAGCUGAGGAACCUGAUGAGUUCAGGAGAAUACUUCUGUCAAUAUAAAACGGUCAGGGUGUACUGGUUUCUUCGAGUGACACACCACGACUACAAGGACGUCGGAGUGUUGGAUUAUAUGGACAUCCCAGUCAGCGUCCUCACCAUUGUGCUGCUGGUUUUCAGUGUGGUCGGCUCGGUGUAUGUCUUCAGAGGAAAUUGGAACGAAAACACGAGUGACCCUGGAAACACCGACAGAAAGAGAAAGAACAACAGACAAGAGAGGAAGGAGAGCGAGGCGAAGGAAGACAACGUGAACGUGAUAGCUCCGUCUUUCUAUGCUAGUCUAGAGCCUCGGCCCAGGUCCAUUUAUGAUGUGCUGGACCGCUCAGCUGUCACAACAGAGCCGCCCCAAAGCAAAGCUAAACCCAAGAAGAAGGAACCCCAAAAGACGACGGUGCAGACCUCACAGCCCGAGCAGGAAGGCGUGUUUGAGUCCAUCUAUGAGAACUUUUAAAGUAUAAAUGAAGUUCAACAGAUGAGAUGGUCUCAGUUUGCUUUGCAAAGUGACCAGCAUUUAAAUGUUGUAGCUAGUUGCAAUACUGUGUGUCCAUUUAUUGUAUCUGCAAAGUGUCUAAUGGAGUAAAAGUACCUCAGAAUUAUACUUAAAGGUCCAGUGUUUAGGAUUUAGUUGCAUCUAAUGGUGUAAUCGCUGCAUUGCAAUCUCCUUACCUCACUCUCACCUUCCUAAUAUAAAGGAUUAACAGCA